AUGUCUCAGACCCAACAAGAUCCUGAGAGCCAGCAUAUAUCGCUUCCCAAGAUCCGCAUCCAGAGCGCCUCCCCGGUCUCUUUCAGCGCCAGAGAGGGUUCUCCUGAAAGCAUUGGACUAGCAGCGCGACGUUCAAAGACACUGCCCAGCAGUCUCGCCACAACACCGCGUCCCGGCCCCGGCCAUAAGCGAAGGAGGUCCGCCACCGAAUCGGACAUUGACAUCUUCAAAGCCAAGGACGCCGCCAUGACCGCCGCCAAGAUCUCCAGACACAACUCGGACGCCUCGAAGAAGUCGAGCGUCUCGCCCUCAAACUCCAUCUCCCGCAAGUCAUCCAAGUCCAGCGCCAAGGAUGUGGACUGGACAGAGGUGACGGACCCGGAGGAGCGACGGCGCAUUCAGAACCGCAUCGCGCAGCGCAAGUUCCGCGAGAAGGCCAGGGAAAACAAGGAAAAGGCGGAGCGUGAGACGAGGAAUCGAGAGCACGCCGGCAACAGCUAUCGCACGCUUGCGCUCACGGACGUCAACGCCGACCAGGACGCGCUCUCGGGCCUGCCUUGGGGCGGCCUCAACCUGAACCUGGUGGUCGCGCGGGGUUACGAGGCGGAGAGCCGCCGCAGCAGCGGUCGAGGCACGUACGUCGGCGAUGAGGCAUAUCCCGAGCCCCAGUACAGCCCCCCUCAGUACAGCAUGCCGUACAGCGCGGGCCUGCAGCAGACGGCCAGCUACGGCAGCAGCGGUGGGGACGACAUUUACUACGACGACACGACGAGUUAUGUCUACGAGGCGCCCCCUCACCCCCCGCCUCCGUUCACGACGGUGUGA